AUGAACACAAAUGAUUUCCAACAUAUAAAUUUAACCACCACUGGUACACUCAAUCCCCCUGCUAUCAGAGAGACAGACUCACUGGCAGAAGAUUCAAUAUAACAAUACUACUAGGAAGCAGCAGAUAAUGUGACUCAGGGCAAUAAUGGUUAUGAUUUCUUGAUAGAUGAGGAAUACUAGCAAGUCAAGCAACUGCAACAAGAACUAGGCUUUGCUAAAUGGAGUUUGAUGGGCGAAAAAGUCUCUCUCAACCUAAUCCUUAGAUAAGUGCUUAGUGAUGCUUAUGAGUAAAAUCAACUUUUGCAAUUGCAAAAAAACCCGAACUUAAAGGCCUUUAAACUUUCAAACAUACCCACAAUAAGGGAAGUUAAUCACUAAAUCAAGUCUACUAUGAGUGAAAACACAGCUUUAAUCAAUGGAAUCCUAGAUAAGUAUCACCAGCUUAAGUUCAUAGCCCAGCAAGAGCAGGAAAAACCAUCAUAUCUAGAGUCUCAGUUGAAUGUGACUAAGCAGAAAAGCACAUUCGCCUAGUUUUCAGCUGAUAGUUUGGACAACAGAGAGCGAUAUAUCGAGGAGCUAGAGACUCAGCUGCAGGAUACUAGGAAGUAAUUACUCGAUAGGAAGCUUUAGCUAAGUGAUAAGGAAGAGGAGGUUCAAAACUUGAAGAGACAGUUGCAGAAUACAGAUUCUAAUUUCUAGUAAUUAGAGGAGCAGAAGAGAGAGAUUGACGAGUUAGUGAUCAAGGUAAGCCAGGAACUCAGGAAUAAAGAGUAUGAUUUGAGAGAUAUAAACUACCAAGUGUUUAAUGAUAAAGAUCAUCUGGCAAGGCAAGUCGAUAUUUUAAGGAAGGAGCUGCAAGAGGAGAGAGGACGUAAGAACAAUCUCGAGUAGCUGGAAGGAGACUUGAUCUUUAAAUUGUAACAGAGGGAAGAGGAACUGCAUCAAGUGAAGUCUUAUAAUGCUGAGUUGGAGGAAAAGGUAAGAGUUAAUUCAGAGGCAAUUGAGAAGGCAUAGAAAGUGAUUGAAAGACUCAAUGAGGAAAUGGAUAGAACUGCAUAGAUAAUGUAAUCCCUUGAGAAAGAAAGAGAUAAGUUUAAGAGCGAAGCAAGAGACUCUAGCAAGCGCAUUGUAGAUCUUAACAAGCAAGUUCAAUUGACUCAAUCUUAACAUUAGCAUAGUCAGUAACAAGUAAGCAUGCAGUUAAAAUAAGAAAUAGAUGAACUGAAAGAGGCAUUAGGCUAGUAUCAAUAGUAAUUUGAUGAGGAAAGAAGAUCACUUAAUAUGAAUCUAAGAGAAGCUAAUGAGGAUAAAUAUCAUUUACAUCUUGAUAAGGAAAAGCUUGACUCUUCAUACAAGAAAUAGAUCAUGCUUUUGUAACAAUAACUUGAGGACAUGUAAAAGCAAAAUGCCUCUAAGAUCAUUUAAAUGGAGCAUGAAUUCUAAGAGCAAAAGGAUUCACUAUUAUAGCAAGUAAGGAACUAAGAGGAGUAAGCUUAGAGUUAAAUUAAGUAUCUUCAAAAGCGCAAUAGAGAAAUUUAAUCGGAUAAUUAAACUAAAACCGCCAGUCAAAUUUAAUCGUAAACUUAAACAACAGGCAAGCCUUCUUACUUGAAUGUGAUUAAACAAGAAUUUGAAAAAAUCUAAAAUGAGUUAAUGGACACUCGUAAAGUAGUCAAGCAGUAUAGUAAUGACCAAAAUUUAAUAGGAAUACCAGCCAAACUUAAACAGUUCGAAGACUUUAGAGAAAAGGUUAUUGCUCAGAUUAACGAUUGGGAAGUUAAAUCUGAGGGUCUGGCCUAACUUUCUCAGAAAUAUGAAAGAGAAAUUGAUGAAUAUAGGAGGAUGUUCUAGUAAAUGAAGCAAAUGAUAAAGGAAAAGGACCAAUUCAUAUAGUAGAUUCAAAAAUCAGUGAAAUUAAAGGAUUCAUUCAGAGAUAGCUACAUGAACACAGUUAAAAAAGAGUUGGACAGACAAACUUACCUUAUUAAAGCAGAUCUACUUGAUUAAUUCAAGUCCACAUAGCUAACUGCUUAGAAUGUUAGUAAUGAGCAGUUGGACUAAGAACGUAGAAUGCAGGCUUUCAAGUAAGAAUACUUAUUGAUGCUUGAAGAUAGAGAAAAUUUGAGUAAUAGUAAUCUGAGACUGAUAGGUUAAGUAGAAGUGUUAAACAGGGAUUUGGAUACGAUCACUUAGAAGCAUUAUGAAUUUAAUCAGAGGAUUAGAGUUGUAAUGGGAGUCAAUAAUAUGAACAUGAAGAGCGACAUUCAUAUAGUAAAUGAUAUAGAGUCAAUGAUUGAUGAGCUCAGAAUUAGAAAUGAGGAAGUUAUUAGCUACAGAUCUCAACUCAAUAAUUUACAGAAUCAAUAAGAUUAAGAUAAGUAGUUUAUGCAAUAGAAGGUAGCUGCUGUAGAGGAACAGCUUAAUAACAUUCAAAGAUCAAAUCUGGCCAAAGAGGAAGAGUUGCAAUUGUUAUUUAUGUAAAAAGAGGCUAAAUUGCACUCUGAGAUUUAAAAGCAGCAUGAAGAACUGCAGUAGCAUUAAUAGCAUUUGAAAACUAGAGAGCGCUAGGUAAAAAAACUCUAGGAAUAAAAAGACUCUUAUCAAGAUGAGGUCAAUAAGCUCUAAGCGCAAUUAGAUUAAAUUAUUAAGGAAAAAACUGAGAUGGAGAGUGAAUGCAAAUAAACCGUUGAGGUUAUCAAUCAAGUCUAGUUGACACUGGAGACUACUUAGAGUGAAUUAGAAAAGAAAUAAGGCGUUAUGUAAGAAUAAGAGGGGUAAAUAUAGAAGCUAGAAGAGAGGAGUAAACAGAUGAAGGAACAACUAUAUAAUAGGGAAAUUGAACUGCAAAGAGAGAGGGAUCUGAACUUGUAACUGCAAGACGAGAAAUAUUAGGCAGUGUUAUAGAGGGACAGUGCUCUUGAAAAGCAAUCAAUCCUGGAAAGAGAAAACUAGAAUAUUUACAAAGAUCUGGUUAUAUAAAAAGAAACUGUAAGAGAAGUUUCGUCUUUAUAUGAUGAAUGUGAACGGGAAAAAUUUCAACUCUAGAAAACUUGUGAGUAGAUGAAUGAGGUAGUGUCUUAAGUUUAAGAUGAAGUCGUGUAGUCUCAAAGAGCCAUUGAGAGUUUGAAUCAUGCUUUGGAUAAGACCAGAAGGAAGUAUAAUAGAGCCAAGGAGCUUAAGCAUCAAAUCAAGUUAAUGAAAUAACAUGAAGGCCAGCUUAAUGAGUUAAUAGAAUCAAUGAGGAGAUAGCUUAACCCACCAAAGCAAUCGUAGGAAAUAUAGACUAAUGAUUCAGGGAUGUAAGAGUUAAUAUAUCACUAUGAAGAAAAUCAGAGACUCUAAAAGCAAAAUUUAAUGUGCUAGAGAGAUAUAGAAACGCUUUAAGAUUCUAUCUCAAGACAAACUAUGGAUAUCAAUAGGUUAAUUGAAGAAAAAAGAGAUUUAGAGGAUCUAGUUGACCAGUAAAAUUAAGCCAUUAAAUAAGUCAGAAUGAAUAAUCAGAGCGUAAUGAAUCCGAAUGUGGCAACUAAAGAAAAUCAUAAUCUUCUCAACUCUUAUGCAUCUAAUGUAGGUGGAGGCACAAUAAAGUCAGAUAGUGAUCUUUAUAGUAAAAUAUUGCAAGAAAAAGAAAACUAUAUUAUGCGAUUAGAGCAUGAAAUCAGUGACAUGCGCAAGGAAUUGGAUUAGCUCAAGGAAAAACUGAUUUCUUAUGAGAUUGGAAGUUUGAGUCUAGAUAGAAGUUUGGGCGGUCAUGGCAGAUCAAUGCAAGUCAAUAUGAACAAUCUCAAGCAAUCUACAAAUACUGGCCAAGGCAAUCAACUUAAAUAGCAGAGCUAAGGUUUCCGUCUGAACAACACAUAUAACAGCCUGCAUUUUAGUAAUAUGUACAACGCUACUAAUGCCACAAAUUACCAAACGCUGAACCAAGGUACUGAAGAUUAUAACAGAGGAGGAGCACUUAAUAGAUCAAUGCAUAAUUGA